UAGACUUCGAGCACAUAAGAACGAUACAAACUGCCUAUCGGGCUAUUCCUAAAUGCAAACUGCAUCAGAUUUUCCCUUUGCAUCCUGAUUUUUGGCUCAAGCUGCGACAUUAUAAGUAUAGUUACCCAGAUUUCCUGGAUGCUUGUAGGAUCUCCAGCUCUCACGCCUCGACUGUUGUGACUGUCAGUGGUGCAGGACAGCAGGACACCCGAUCUGUUUGAAAUGCUGCCAACCGCUCGGCAGGCGGCACCAGUUAUUAUUCCUGGAUCGGGUGAACGCGAGCAGAGCGGAGCAUAUUCGCCAUGGCAGAACGAGCAGCCUUCCUUUGCUGCAUGGGCUUUAGCCCCUACUACUGAUGCCAGGAUGACCAGCACAGAGGUUGUGGCGCCAGGUAGCUGGGAUGUGGCCACUCAGACAGCGCAACGUGUGUUGCUCCUGACCGAGUUGCAGCAGAAGUUGCUUGAUUUGCAGAUGGUGCAAAACAGCAUCGAACAGGUGCAGGCACAGAUGCUUGCUCAAUCCAAAAUGGACCAAGCAAGAGGCCCUUCCCGAGCCCCCACCAUCCAAACACCGCAGCAACAAGAUGUACCCGCGGCCACAAGCAGGUAAACAAUCUCCUUGGCAAAUGCUAUUCCAAUUCCAGUGACCCGUAGGGCCUGUAGGGAUUUUCUUUGCAAGUUAAAUGACUUGCGAAAUGCAUCCAUCUUUGCCUUUGCUAGCUGCUAGUGCAAUCUCGGUGAACUCGGCUGAAAA